AUUUUGAAGCAAGUUUUAUUCGCCUGAUUGACAAAGUGACCAAUGGCUCUCGGAUUGAGAUAAACCAAACAGGUACUACCUUGUAUUAUCAGCCUGGUCUUCUGUACGGAGGCUCGUUGGAACAUGACUGCAGCCCCAGUCGUAGUAUUGGCUACUAUUUGGAAAGUCUGCUCUGCUUGGCACCUUUCAUGAAACAUCCAUUGAAGAUUGUCCUGAGGGGAGUAACAAAUGAUCAAGUAGAUCCUUCAGUUGAUAUCCUUAAGGCAACAGCUCUACCCCUACUGAAGAAGUUUGGAAUUGAUGGUGAAAGUCUGGAAAUCAAGAUCAACCGGAGAGGAAUGCCUCCCAAAGCAGGUGGAGAGAUAGUGUUUUCUUGCCCAGUGAGAAAGGUCUUGCAGCCUAUUCAGUUCACCGACCCUGGCAAAAUCAAGCGCAUCAGAGGAACUGCGUAUUCUGUCAGAGUCUCACCACAGAUGGCAAACAGAAUGGUGGAAUCUGCAAGGAGCAUACUGAAUAAAUUCCUCCCAGACAUUUAUAUCUACACAGAUCAUAUGAAGGGGGUCAGCUCUGGAAAAUCACCAGGUUUUGGCAUGUGCCUGACUGCAGAAACCAUCAAUGGCACUAUCCUCAGUGCUGAGCUCGCCUCAAACCCUCAGGGCCAGGGAGCCACUGUGCUUCCCGAGGAACUUGGCCAGAAUUGUGCUAAGCUGUUACUUGAGGAGGUCUACAGGGGAGGCUGUGUGGACUCAACAAAUCAGAGCCUUGCUCUACUCCUCAUGACCCUUGGACAACGGGAUGUUUCCAAAGUCCUGUUAGGACCUCUGUCUCCAUACACGUAA